AGAGUCCACCAACGCUGUGCACCUCAUCGCGGUGCCUCAUCAUACCGGUCAAACACUAUAGCGUCUUUUAGCAUUCUAAGGUAGCUGAAGCUCGAUUUGCUGGAAGCUUCAUUAGCUUCUUCCGAUGGAAGUCCGAACAAAAGAAUUCAUUCGUACCCGCAUCCUCGGCAAAGCGGCGUGCAGUCGCCCUUUAGGACGGGAUCCCACGAUACUCUAUAUUCAACAUGCCCAACCAAAAAGUUCACGAAGUAUGGACUCGCCUCGAUAUAAAAUCAUCGAGCCAAGGAAGCCUAAGCGACCAAGAGUACCCUCGGAUAGUACCAUAAGGACAUCUUCGCCGAUUCGAAGCCGGCCACUGAGAUUUAGGUUUGCACUCCUUGGUAGAAUUGGAGAAUUAGAGCAAGAGCCAGAACCUGAAUCAGAAGUGGAGUGGGAAUCAAACUCCGAUACCGAUACUAGCACAGUCUCGAAUGGAGAAAGCACAUGCAGGCCAAGAGGUCGCGACAAAUCCCGUCGUCGGUUCGUUGUCCAUAAGCCUGACGAUGAAAUACGGAUUGCGCGGAGAACUGUGCAGUCAUCUUCCCCAAAGUUACAAUCCACUCGAUCCCGAACAAAAUUCAUGUUCGAAUCGGACAAUGGAGCAGAUGCAUUUGACAUUUCUUCUCGCUAUCCUCGAUCACGGCAACUGUCUAGGGGAGCUCGCAAGCCGAGAGAGAGGACUCCAGUUUCUGAUCGUGAACCCUCAAGACGGGGGCCCCGUAUAGUGAAGAUACAUAAUGACCAUCGGGCUAGUCCCUGCGAAAAACGAGCACCCAGUCCAGGCCGUCAUCGACGGGUUCGUUUCGCAAGCGAUGUAGAAUACGUGAAGAAUACCAACAGGGCCAGAGACUCUAAAGUCAGCGACCGAGAACGAGAACGAUACCACGUUGAAUCACGUCAUCACCACAGUCCCUCCAUCGGUGGUCUCAAUAAUAACUAUGGUUCUGGGAAUAGCGGUGCAACCUGCCGUGUUCGAACCCCAGAAAGAACCUUCAGUGAACAUGCCCGACCUCGUAUCAUUCAAGAUGGCAAACGGCAGAUGUCUGAAGCAGCCGAGCGCAUCCGCAAAGAAGCCUGGAGGCAACAUACACGGGAGGGUUUACUGCGUAACUUUAAGUCCUACAGCGGAAGGUGUCGAUGUACCCGUCGAUCUGAUGAGCGAAUAAUUUAUGGAGGGAGUAACCGGCAAUAUGACUGUAGUUGAAGAGGCUAGUUUAAUGUAUGUACUAGUGAGUAUUAGGGCGUGCUGGAUUCUGACAUGAUUCCUUUGAGCAGGCGCAUAGAUAGCUUCAGUUCAGUUGAUCUUCGACCGUUUUUGGUUUAUAAAGUAUGUUGCAGGUACUAAGUAGUUUCCCUCUAAU